AUGGCGUCCUUCUCAAGCACCUCGUUCUCCCACGCCCGCUACUCAACCUUCCGCCCAACCUACCCUCUCCACCUCUACAACACCAUCCUCUCCUUCCACACCGGCCCCCGCACCACAGCCCUAGACCUAGGAACCGGCCAUGCGCUUGUCGCUCGCGAAAUAAGCAAAUUCUUCACGCACAUCCACGCAACAGACCCCUCGCAGCCGAUGCUGCAGCUCGCACGGGAACUCUCCGCGAACCAUCCCAAUGUCUCCUUCCACCAGGCGACGGCUGAGGAUUCUGGCUUUCUAGAAGAUGGGAUUGUUGAUCUGGUGACGGCGGGACAGGCGGCGCAUUGGUUUGAUUAUGAGAGGCUUUGGCCUGAGCUAGGGAGGGUUGUUAAGCCUGGUGGGACGGUUGCGUUCUGGGGAUAUACGGAUCCUGUUAUUCUGGGUUAUCCGCAUGCGACGGAGUUGAUUGAGCAUUAUGGGUCUAGUGCUGAUCCGGGUCUCUUGGGAGCUUACUGGCAGCAGCCUGGGAGGGACAUCGUGUUGGGGAAAUUGCGUGCGAUACAGCCGCCUGGUGAGGAUUGGGAGACUACGCGGGUUGAGUAUGAUCCGAAGACGCAGGAGGGGACGAUGUUUAUGCGCGCGAAGAUGAAGUUGGCAGAGUUGGCGGAGUUUGUGAGGACUUGGAGUGCGUAUCAUGGGUGGCAGGAGCGGUGGCCGGAGAGGAGGAAGAAGGUGGAUGAUGAGGAUACAGACAACACUGGGGAUGUCGUUGAUGAGCUGAUGGAGAGGAUUAGGGUUGAGGAGAGUAGGUUAAGUGGGAAGGGUGUGCAGGGGGGUUGGAGGGAGGUUGUUGUUGAGUUGGAGUGGGGGACCGGGCUGGUUUUGGCAAGAAGAAAAUGA